AUGCCAUGGACCCGGAGCGUCGGGUGCAGGCGGCAGCAUCUGCACAGCGGGGGUGCAUCCAGGACACAUCAACACAGACCUCAACAGACAAGCCAUAGGCACAGUGCCGAGCCUACCUCUCCGCGCUGUGACGCCCAUCAUGCGCUCGACGACUUCAAGGCGGCCGACUCGGGGGGCGUCUACGUGGUUCUGUACGCGGUGAUUGGGACGCCCAUCAAAUACGCGCAGGAUCCGGCGCUGGCGACCAAGUCGUGGGAGUGGACAGAAACGCAGCUCUCAGAAAAUGGACUCCUUAGUUUGGAUUCAAUGCCGCGUUGA